AUUAUGGAAUUUCCCUAAGUGUAAAGGUCGUUUUCUACCCAUGUCCACGUGGAUGUGUAUUUUGGGCAGAAUGACUAGAACAGCAAGAAUAGGGUCCAAGGGAGAGGCUCAUUCAUCCACACCAUGGGCACAGCUCAAGACAGGCUAUAAAUCCCUUCAGGACCCACAGUGUGACACAUCGGAUAGUGAUGAACCUGUCUCUAGUGAACCUACUCUGGGAAUCAGCAAGAAAGAGAAACUAAAGACUAAGAAGAAAAAGGUUGAAUUGUCAGCUAAGGCUCAAUUGAAGAAAAUGACGAGAAAAGACUUGGAAGCAAUACCACUCCUAAGUGAAAGUCCUGCCAAAGAAAACGGCGGAGAUCAUAAGAGUGAUGAGGUCGUGAAGCAGGUAUCAACUAAGAACAAGCACAGUAAAAAGUCUACCUCAGAUGAACACAGUUCCUCAACUUCUAUGCCGAUCAGCAUGAGAAAAACACUAUCAAAACCGAAAAAAAAGCGAUCAAAGAAAAAAUCAAAAGUGCAGGACAUUGCUGAGGACAAAAUUCCAUUGCUUGAUAGCAUGGACGACUCUCAAACCAUUGACGUGAAUAAUAAAACAGAAGGAAAAAAGCCUAAAAACAAAACAGCAAGCGUAUUAACAGCAAAGAAAGCUAAACCCAAGGUUAAACUACAAGAAACAAUUAUUGUAGAUGAGCGAAGAGAAAAAAAAAAUGAAGCACGAAGGUUACGCAGACGAAAACGUAAGGUCUGCUUCAACUGUCGAGAGUCAGGUCAUCAUGUGAGUGAGUGUACCAAGUCCGGAGAUAGAGCUGGAACUGGCAUGUGCUUCAAAUGUGGGGCAAGUAGCCACACCUCCAAGAAUUGCAAAGCAAGAAUGCCUGAAGGUAAAUCAAUGCUGAUAGCUGUGAUACAGACUUUAUCACUUUUCGUAGGUGAAUAUCCUUAUGCCAAGUGCUUUAUCUGUGGAGAGGUGGGGCAUUUGUCACGAGCAUGUCCAGAAAACCCCAAGGGACUCUAUCCUCACGGUGGUGGGUGUAACCUUUGUGGAUCUGUGGAACACUUUAAAACUAACUGCCCAACUAGACACCAAGGACAACCAAGGAAAGAUCACGAAGACACUGUGGGACGACUGACUAUGCAGAGUAAGGGUAGUGUAGAUGCAGAGGACUUUGACCAUCAGCCACUCAUAACAAAGAGAAAUAAAACUGUAAAGUCUGGACCUAAAGUUGUGACUUUCUGACAUAAUAUUGGUGCAACUGAACUCUAUAGAAUAGGUAUAUAUGUUCUAUACAAUUAUGUUAAUUUUGUGUAUCUUUAAUUGUCAAAACUAAGAAUCAUAACUAAGUA